AUGAGGAUUCCAAUUUUGCACCUAUCCUUAUGGCUUCCGCUAAGCACUUUCAUCGGUACCAUUCUUGGACAGGAUGACCUGGGCACCAACAAUGGCUUUGUGGAUAUCGAGACAUCCAACUUCAAGGCUCGAAUUGUGCGAGACGCUCAAAUUUUAGCGUCUCUGAAGUCCAACGGGAGUGAUUUCGACUUCCUCCCUUUCGACAUUCUGGGAAACCGUUCUCGUAACGGACAAUACCACUGGGGUGAUGUUACCUACAGAUAUCGAAAUGAAGGCGACAACAGCUGGAUCGAUGGAAAUUCUGCCCAAACCCGCAGGCCUGUCGUUACUCUACCCCCAAAUGAUGGGGUUCUUGCCGCCGCAGACCUUUACUCUACGCUUCCCUCCGGGCCGCUCAAUGUGACUCGGAAAUGGCUAAAUGUCGACGGCGAUCUCGCCCUGCGCUUCACCUUCAGCAACACUGGGAACUCCAGCGUUGAGAUCGGUAGUCUUGGCUUUCCCGCUGAGUUCAACAGCAUUUUUACACACCACCACCCGGCAGACGCAACAGCGGCCUGUUCUCUUUCCGAACCGUAUAUCGGCAUGGACGCUGGUCAGAUUCGCGUUACCCCUAUCAAAGGCACAGGACCCGCACUCGUUGUUACGGCCCUCCAAGGAACCAAAUCACCCCUGGAAGCCUACCGAAACCUAUGGGAAAUGGGCUACGAAGGAUCUUCCUAUUCAAGCCAGACUUUUGAGGGUUUCUACGAAUGGCAAGUGCUAACAAAAGCAUCGGCGGAGAACGAAUGGGCCGUCCAGGGGGCACACGCUUGGAAUCCUCCUUCUUCCCGAAAACUGGAGCCUGGAUCAAACCUUCAAUUUGGAGUGAGAUUCACAAUCGCCCCGGAGGGCGUCCGAUCCUUUUGGUCGACCUGGGUAGCCGGACUGAGUGACGAGGGUGGAGCUGGAGCUUACAUUGCGGCUGUCGUCAAGCAAGUUGUGCAUCCCGAUGCGGACGAAGUUGCAAAACUCGACACGUUUGUGAACAAGGUGGUUUGGGGUAACGUCCAGCAAGAAGAUUCCGCCGUACGGAACUCCCUAUUCUUCUACGAGCCAGCUGAGGUGCCCGGUUUUGUGUACGAGAACUUUGACUGGAGCUCUUGGAUGUCUUGGAACAAAGGCCGGGCGCUUGCCACCGACAGAGGCUACAACUACGUCCACCCCUCUGCAGCAUACUGGUCCCUCUAUAGAGUCGCAAGAGCCUACUCAGAGCUUGUCAGUCAGGACUGGAGCUGGUAUCUUGACAAGGCUUAUCGAACGGCUCUCCGCAUUUCGGGUGGUGGUGUUGCUUGGGUGGAGAUGGGACUUAUGGGCGAAACUGUUUGGGGUAUGAUCAUGACUGAUCUCGUUCGUAAAGGUUUCGAAGAUGAAGCCGCCACUCUUGCGGCACUCAUGAAGUCUCGCGCCGAAUACUGGAAUUCCAUCGAUGCCCCUUUUUGGAGUGAGAUGGCAUGGGACUCUACUGGGCAGGAGGGCGUCUACUAUUGGGCUAGGCACUUCGGCUUCACGGACUUGGCUAAACGAACAGUUGAUACCGUACUUGGUUUCACGCCUAAUGUGCCGCACUGGGGCUGGAACGGCAAUUCGCAUCGAUACUGGGACUUUGAUCUCGCUGGGAAGCUACGACGACUUGAGCGCCAGAUUCACCACUACGGAUCCGCUCUGAACUCCCAAGUCCUACUCUCGGCUUUCGGCGAUGAUCCCUCCGACUCUUAUCUCCUGUCGCUGGGUUUCAUUCGUUUCCCUGAGACCUUGAAGUGGGAUGGCUUUACCGGCGACUACGGUCCGGGCUUUCUCGGCAUGAUCUUGAACACGGGAACAUACGUAGCUGAAGAUGAGCAAGUCGGCCCUGUGGCCUACGGCGGGGAAAUCACGACCGACGGCAAUAAGGUGACGGUUCUGCCGCGUGAUCCUGUUAGAAAAAGGACAUUCAUUGGUCCUCUGGCAGUCAUGGUCACAGUCGAUGUGGGCGUCAUUCAGCAGCUUUCUUACAAUGUCGAAGCAAGGACCAUCUCCAUGACCUUGUCGCAGCUUGCGGGCGUCCCGAAGGCCAUGAAUGCAACUGUGUGGACGGAGUCGAUGCAAUCGCCUUGGGAAGUCACUGGUGAUCAGGUUGAGACGGCCCGCGGCGGAUGGAGAGUUCCUCUAGUCGAAGAUAAGGUCACCGUUACCUUGUCUUCAGAGUUGGCUUGA